AUGAUGUCGAGCCUUGAAGUCGUCAGCGCAGCACCACCUAAGCUUUCUCUACCCAGAAAGCAAGAUUCAGCCCUGGUCGAGCUAUACCUACCCCCGGCGAUAAAAGCCUUUAUCUCCCAGCCUCUCCACCUCGAGUAUAUCAGACCCGGACCAUCUGUUUCCGCGUCGCACUCUACCGCUCUACCGACGUUUGGUUUUGAACGUACUUUCAUUUCAUACAUGCACCCUGUCUCGCGCAGGCAAGGCAAAGCAGCAGGCAAGAUCGCAACCAUGCUGUUUGGGGUUUUCUUCGUCUUCUGGCGUCUCAUGGAGAUUGUCACUCUGAUUCCCUGCAUGGGCAUGCUCGCCUACUUCGUGCGCAUCUACGACCGCGCCAACGCCCUCACGCCUGACGACAUCCUCGUCCUCUUCAUCGUCUCCGUGCUCGCCCUAGCCUGGGCUAUCGCCACUCUCUUCACCUACCACCGAUCGAAGAACAACUCCCACUUUGUCGCCUUCGUCGACCUCCUCUUCGUCGGCGCCUUCAUCGGCGGCGUCUACGAGCUCCGCUACAUCGCGGACCAGAACUGCUCCAACGUCACCACCAGAUCGUCGCACACCGUCUCCUUCGGGAACCUGGGCAGUGCGACCGUCAACGACAUCGACUUCAACGUCGAGAAGCAUUGCGCAAUGAAAAAGGCGUGCUUUGCGUUCGGCAUCAUGAAUUGCAUCUUUUUCUUCUUUACGAGCCUGCUGGCCUACUUUCACGGGACCGGUGGCUGGGAUGACGGGCGGAGGCACGGGAGGCAGACGUCGUAUGUGAGGAAGGAGACGACGCAUGUGAGGAGGAGGAGCGGGAGUCAUCGCAGCCAUCAUAGCGCGCACUCGGGGAGGAGGCACGUGUAUGUUUGA